UCCUCCUCCGCCUGCUUUCCCGGCACCGGAGAAGCGGCUGCGGCGGGAAGCUUAGAGCGCGCGAGGAAAGUAUAAGCGCGGAGGUUCCCUUUGCUGACCUUUCGGAGCGGCAAGCGGGUGCUCUGUCAUUUCCGGCUUGCCAAAAAAGCCUUUUUCCCCGCUUGGGUUGCUUGGACGGCUGGCUGGCUGGCUUUCUCUUCCAAGCUGUUCCUUCUUCUUGGAAGGAACAGGUCGAGCUGUCCGAGAGGUUUUGCCAGCCUUUUCCGUCUGCGCGAAAACUACGACCGAGGGCUUUUUCCUUCCGCGGUUGGCAACUUAACCUGGGCACAAGCAUUCCUUUGAACCGGGAGUAGCGCAAAUGCUCUGUCUAGAAAGCGUUUCCCAAACGCGGUUUGCUGCACCUGACCUCCCUCCCUCCCUCUCUCUCUCCCCAACGAGGCUUUUGGGGAGAAGAUGAGAAAAUGUGCCCCAUUUGAGGAAAAACUGCAUUAAUUCUUCAGCUCUUGAAGAGAUGUAAAAACCGAAGGCUUCUGUGAACUUGAUAGCAAAGGAUUUAUUAUUUCUGCCAUCGAAAUGAAGACUUUAAAGUAGAUAAAUUUCAUACAAGAUUUAUGGACAAAGAUACAAGAUACUCUUCUAUAUCAGCAAGCCUGCAAUGUAAUAUGUAUUGAAAAGCUUGCAAAGCAAUGCAGAGAUCUGGGAAAGAACAUUCCAAAACUCUCCAUCAGGAAGACAAAGAAGUAAAUGGAAUGACUGAAGGUGUCUCUCGCUCCUUUUCGCUUCCUUCUCCCCUUCUCUGCUUGAGUGGUGAGGGAAACACACAAGUGGAAAUGCUGGAAAAAGCCCAGGAGCUCUUCCGGCUCUGUGACAAGGAGGAGAAGGGUUUCAUAACAAGAUUUGACAUGCAGCGGUUACAAAGUGAGCUACCAUUCACAACCGAACAGCUGGAGGCUGUUUUUGACAGUCUGGUGCAAGACAAUAAUGGUUACCUCACCCCAGUAGAAUUCAGUGUAGGCCUAGGGAAGUUCAUAGGAAACGAGCCACACCAGAACUCUGAAAAUGCCAGUCACGAGGAGACCUUUGAAUCUAGCUGGUCAGAGGAAUUGGACCAGACGGAUGAAGGGGAGAAACUGUUUUGCUCUGUGCUGGAGCAGUUUGAAGCAUCCCAGAUCUUUGAAGAUCAGGGUGAAGUUCAAGAGCUUUGGGUUCGAAUCCGAAAAGAGGCACCAGAACUCCUAGCCAGGUUUGAAGAGUUUCUUUUCCAUAUUUCUUCAUACAUCAAGGAACUACACCAUGAGAAAGAAUCGAUGGAACUGGUAUUAAAACGAAGAGAGACCGACCAUGGCCGAGAAAUCAGGUGUCUCUAUGAGGAAAUGGAGCAACAAAUUAAAGCUGAAAGGGAGCGGCUGGUUCAGCAGGAGUCAACAAGACUUGAGAAAAACAACAUGUUUCAGAAAGAGUUGCAGAACAAAGAACAAGAAUUUGAGAAAAUUCUUUACCGGCAAAAAAAGUUGGAACAUCAGUUACACUGUCAGCACUCCGAGCAGCUAGAAAUGCGUAUACGAAAUGAGAGAUUACAAAUUCUGAGUGAAAAUCUCCUGGAUCAGCUGGAAAGGACCAAGUGGGACCUGGAAGUAGCCCAAAGUAGGUUGCAAGAAUUGCAGAAAGAAGCCCAGGCAGAGCAGGAACAGAAGAACAGAGAUAUAUUUCAAGCUUCUAAGAAUAUGCAGAAGGAAAAACAAAGCCUCUUGCGUCAGUUGGAGCUCCUCAGUUCUAGGCAUUUGACAAAUAAAGUUGCUUGAACUUGCUGGGGAAGUCCAGUCAAUUUGCCUAAGCAUGGAUUUUUUUCUAUUAUCUAUGAAAUGCUUGAUCCUCUGAUUUCUGCAAAUGGUCUAAAUUAGUCCUUUAUAAUUCUAGUGUUUUAUGUGGUGGCUACUUAAUAUAAAACACUUAAAAGACUUGUAGAGCUGCUGCUAUUGAUCUGAGGUAUAUAAAAGAGCACAGAGUGUAAUUUUGUUGAAAUGAACAUCUUAAAUGGUAUCUAUUUUAUUGUGUUGCCACCAUGGUUAUAGAAUUGUGUGCUUUCUACCACAAGUUACAUUUAGUCCUAGACAGGUGGAUAGACAACAUUUUUGUAAUAAAUAUCUUACCUGAAAGGAAUACGUUAUUAAGAGAUGCAAUUUCAUAUACAUACAUACACCACACACACAGACAUACCAAAAGUCAGACCCCAUAAACAAUUUAUUACUUAAAUUACAUUAAAUGUUUGAAUUGGUUGCAAUUUUCUUCUAAACACUUAUUUGGCUCAUGACCUUUGAACUUUCCUAAGUACAGUACAGUAACAUUUCUCUAAAAAUAUUAUUUAGCCAAAUUAGUCCAACCUGUUCUUUACUACUUUGGGACUUGAUUUUGAUUUUUGGUAGUAUGUGUAUGUGUGCGUGUACAAUACAGAUACAAAUAAUAUACAUAUUAUAUAAUGAGCUAGAAGAGCUAUGCUUUUUUAUAGUGUUGUAUAAAUUUGAACAUGUUGAUAUUUGGCAGUAAAAUGCUGUAUGCUAUUUUAGCUUUGUUUAACCUGGUUUUUUCCAGAAAUGCUGGACUGCAACUUCUUUAAAAUUAUGUGUACUGGGGAAGAUUGCCUUAAAAUAAAUUAUACCAGACUAUGAUGCUAAUUCAAUAGGUCUGAAAUCAAGAUGACUAGGCUAGUUUAAGCAUUUUAAAGGUCUGCCUUAGACCAGAUACAGUGUGAUCUAUUUACUUUUACUUAGAAAUAACCCCAUUAUGUUAAGUGAGGCCUACUUUCAAAUAAAAAUACACAGGGUAGCAACCACAAAGAAUGCAAUGAAAGUAGUCUUUUGCAUACAGUAUCUCAUUUCAAAGUGUGUUUACAUGGUGUCACAAGCUUCUUUUUGUUUUGCAUGGCAUCUGGAUAAGCUGUUGUUUGGCCAAUAGAGAUUUAUAUGUGCAGUAGCUCAGACAUUUCUAGUUAUUUUGUAGAGGAUAUUUAAAGAAAUUGCAUCCCAGUGGAGAAUAGGGCCACUUUCUCACUGGUUUGCAAUAAUUCAGAGAAUUAUAUCAUGAACUUUGCUAUUUGGAACCUUUAUCUUAUUUAUCCCAAAAGCAGCAAGAAAGGAAAAGCUCAACAGGACAUGAAUUAGAUUCUAUAAAUUAGACACCAUUGCCUCUUUGACAUUCUCCUGACUUUGUUGCUAGGCUGCUACGUCUCUUGGCCUCUCUGGACUGCAUGACUCCCUCCUGGGAGCAAAUGCCAUUUUUGGAGCAGACACAAUUCAUUAUGGCCACUCUGAAAAUGGCAUCCACUUCCGGGACAGAGUCACAUGGCCUAGAGACAGGGCAGCGUGCUCUGCUUCCCUAACACCCUCUCCAGAGUUCUGGAGAACUUCUAAAGGUAAGGAUGCAAUCCGUUACUAGGGUGUGUGGGAACCACUGGAGUCAGAAAUAGACCCAAGGCCUUCAGGGACCAGAUGGGAGGGAAGUAGGCCCAAAGCCUCUGAGGAUCCCGAGGAGUGGGAUGGGGGGGGGGGGAGAUAGGAAGGGUUAGGACACUGCAACGUACGUACCUGCCAUCAGUCAUAAGGGGGGAAUGACCUCAGGUGUGCUGACCAUAACUUUGAAAUCAGGUGAUAAUUAGCUCAGUUGUACCUUUGAACUAUUAGAACAUUGUUUUAAUUCUAGCACUUAGCAAUAGCACUUAGACUUAUAUACCACUUCACAGUGCUCUUACAGUCUCCUCUAAGCAGCUUUACAGUGUCAGCAUAUUUCCCCCAACAAUCUGGGCCCUC